AUGUCAUUCUUACCCCCGCGAUCGCUCAACCGACGUCCCGCCCACUCCACGAUCUGGGCUGGAAAAUGGAAGCUCUACAUCAUCCCCAUCAUCAUGAGCGGCUUCCUGCUGCAGAUUCUCUUCCUCGGCAACAUGUCAUACCUCUACGGCGCUCUGUUCAACUCCAGCUCACGGAUGCACAAUCUCAAGGUCCUUGCCGUUGACUUUGACGGUGGUGAUGUUGGCCGAGCGCUGUCGGGAGCUUACAGCAACCUGCAGUCCGACGAGUUUCCCACCGUUGAGUUUGCAUCCCCAUCAGAGUACCCGACUCCCGAUUCACUCCGCAAUGCCGUCUGCGAACAUGGCUACUGGGGUGCGGUCUACACAAGCUCCGGCGCGACCGAUCGAGUUCUGGCUGCUAUCGAAGGCGAUAACACGACGAUUUACGAUGCCAGCGAAGCCAUGGCCUACAUCUACAACGGUAUUUACUAUCCAGCUGUUGUAGCCUCAGUUCGAGGAAGCCUGCAGUCUCUUGUCGGCGUCACAUCUAAGGUCUUCCCCCUUGUGUCGUCGGACGCCAUGGCGGCAAUUAAUACGACCAACCUGGCAUCGGCUGCCACCCUCCUCAACCCUAUCGAUGCGACCGCCUGGGACAUCAUGCCAACCACGCAGGGAGCCCGAGUCCUCCUCAAUAGCGUCUCCCUGAUAAUGCCGAUCCUUAUGCAAUUCUUCUUCAUUAUGGGUGUGAACGCUAUCACCGCCAACGCCAAGGUCCUCGACAUACAAUCCAAACGCGAUGUUUAUAUCUUCCGACUCUGCGCCAGCAAGCUAUACAGCUUCGUUUCUUCUUUGUGCAUAGUUGGUUAUAUCUGGGCCUUCCGCGAGAACUGGGGUGUUACGGCUGGACAGUUCUGUGAGACGUGGAUGUGCCUCUGGCUCUACAUGGACAUCAACUACAUGGUUAUCGAUACAAUCAUCGGAACCAUCAUUCCUAUGUCAUUUUUCGCCUACUUCCUCCUGACCUGGGUUAUCUUUAAUAUCGCCACCGUUAUCUACCCCUUUGACCUCACACCAGACUUCUACCACUGGGGAUGGGGCUUGCCCGCACACAGUGUCUGGCUCCUGCUGGUCAGCAUCUGGUCUAACGGCUGCCGUGCACAACUCGAUGUGACACUCCCAGUUCUGUUUGCUUGGUGGUUCGUCGGCCAUUUCACUAGCGCUUGGUCGGUCCGCAAGAGGUGCUUGAUGGCUGAGGCCGAGAACGAGCAAGCUAAUAAUAACGAUAAGUACAUUCGGUCUAACAACGAGCAGAUCCAGCAGUUUGUGCUUGAGACGGUCUCUUCGCGGGACUCGAGACAGGAAAACAACGAUCGAACUUUGGACAACUACGAUGUCGAGGCGAACCGCCUUGGCGUCAGUCACCCCGAGGGCAGUGAUAGUCGAACUGUCAUCGACGCGCCGGCGCCUUCACAGGAUACUGAUGUUGAAAAGAAGUAG